GAAAAGUGAGGUGUUUUAUGCAAUUUGCCCAUUUCUUCAAAUGAAGAGGUACGUGGGGUGGUUCUCAACAGCAAUGUCCCAGGGUCCCUCGAGGCCCGUCCCACCCCCAACCAAGCACGAAUGACUGGGAGGUAAAUCCUCUGAGGACGGAGACUUCUCUUUUCUUUGCUGUGGAAUCUCCAGUGCCUGGAACAGUGCCUGGCCUCUGGAGUGCACUCAGGAAAGGUGAGAUGGACAAAGGGGUGCAGGAAAGAGCACGUGACACCUGGGAGGGGUGCAGGGCACGGCACCCUACAGAAUGAGCAGAGCUCCAGACCUGCCUGGGCCCGAGACUGCACAGGGACAUUCCAGGCUGCAAGGAGAAGAAAAAAAAUAGACCUAAAUGAAGAGAAACACCAACAAAGAGAGAGGCCCGUGGAGUCACGUGGGGGCAGAGACCAAUUGGGCCUCCGUGCCCCCCCCCAGGGCGGGGAGGAGGAGGAGGACGGCCGGACAGGGCCAGCCCGCUGUCCGCCGCCGCCUGCCGUGGUGAGCCGCGUCCCUGCGUGCCCGCCGGCCACUGCCCCACCUGGGUGCCGGGGCAUCCCCCGCCGGUGCCCACCGCGCACCCUCAUCCGGCCCAGAGCUCUCCUUCCGCCACACCUCUGGUGCCCUCGGUGGCUCUGAGUCCUCACAGUUGUGGAAACAGAGCGGGAGUCCCACGAUUCCCAUUUCCGGCCGAGCAAACUGAGGCCGCGGGAGGAGCCGCGUUUGCAGGAGCUCCCCCAGCUGUGCGCGCACGAGCGCUUCCACCGCACGAGCCCCGGCCUCGCCAGCACCACGUCGGCGCAGGCCUCGCCGCCCAUCAUCCCCACUUCACAGAUGAGGAAACUGAGGACCGGAGGAGGGGCAUUUGCUUAAGGCGGACGGCGCGGGCAUGGACUAUUCGUACGACGAGGACCUGGACGAGCUGUGCCCGGUGUGUGGGGACAAGGUGUCCGGCUACCACUACGGGCUGCUGACGUGUGAGAGCUGCAAGGGCUUCUUCAAGCGCACGGUGCAGAACAACAAGCACUACACGUGCACCGAGAGCCAGAGCUGCAAGAUCGACAAGACGCAGCGCAAGCGCUGUCCCUUCUGCCGCUUCCAGAAGUGCCUGACGGUGGGGAUGCGCCUGGAAGCUGUACGUGCUGACCGCAUGCGGGGUGGCCGGAACAAGUUCGGGCCCAUGUACAAGCGGGACCGGGCCCUGAAGCAGCAGAAGAAGGCACAGAUUCGAGCCAAUGGCUUCAAGCUGGAGACAGGCCCCCCAAUGGGGGUGCCCCCACCACCCCCACCCCCGCCGGACUACAUGCUGCCCCCAGGCCUGCAUGCACCUGAGCCCAAGGGCCUGGCCUCGGGUCCACCUGGCGGGCCACUAGGCGACUUUGGGGCCCCAACACUGCCCAUGGCUGUGCCCAGUGCCCACGGGCCACUGGCCGGCUACCUCUAUCCUGCCUUCCCUGGCCGUGCCAUCAAGUCUGAGUACCCGGAGCCCUAUGCCAGCCCCCCACAGCCUGGGCCACCCUAUGGCUGCUUCGGCGGCUGCCUGCAGGAGCCGGCCAAGGGCCGCCCCGACCAGCCCGCACCCUUCAGCCUCCUGUGCAGGAUGGCUGACCAGACCUUCAUCUCCAUCGUGGACUGGGCCCGCCGCUGCAUGGUCUUCAAGGAGCUGGAGGUGGCCGACCAGAUGACGCUGCUGCAGAACUGCUGGAGCGAGCUGCUGGUGUUCGACCACGUCUACCGCCAGAUCCAGCACGGCAAGGAGGGCAGUAUCCUGCUGGUCACCGGGCAGGAGGUGGAACUGAGCACAGUGGCCGCCCAGGUGGGCUCCCUGCUGCAUGGCCUGGUGCUGCGGGCGCAGGAGCUGGUGCUGCAACUGCUCGCGCUGCAGCUGGACCGCCAGGAGUUCGUCUGCCUCAAGUUCCUCAUCCUCUUCAGCCUCGAUGUGAAGCUGCUGAACAACCACAGCUUGGUGAAGGAUGCGCAGGAGAAGGCCAACGCCGCCCUGCUCGACUACACCCUGUGCCACUACCCGCACUGCGGCGACAAGUUCCAGCAGCUGCUGCUGAGCCUGGUGGAAGUGCGGGCGCUGAGCAUGCAGGCCAAGGAGUACCUGUACCACAAGCACCUGGGCAACGAGAUGCCCCGCAACAACCUGCUCAUCGAGAUGCUGCAGGCCAAGCAGACGUGAGCCCCGCCACGCCCAGAGGGCCGCGUGGGAGGGGCCCCGCCAGCCCGCUGCCCCAGAACGCUACUUCAGCCCGCCAGCCCCAGGGCCCCAUCCGGGCAG